AUGUCUUCAAGUUCGGGAAGAGCAGAAUGUAGAAAAUUUACCCCAAAUAUAUUUAAUAAAACAAAAUGUACGAGUUGUUUUCGUCAAAAAGAAGAACACUCUGCUGAGGCUUUAGAAUCCAACAGAGUAACUAGAAAAAUAUCAAAAUGUGGAUAUUUAUUUGUCGCUCCAGGAUGGGAUUUUAGCAUCCCUAUCAAUAGAACCAAGAGAUGGCAAAGGCGUUGGUUUGUUCUAUACGAUGAUGGGGAACUAAAUUAUUCUUUGGAUGAACAUCCAGAUUCAGAUUUUACUAGUAUUGAUAUGAACAAAGUAAUGGAAGUAAGCGAUGCAGAAGAAAUAACAGGGAAUUUGUAUAGUAUAGCAAUUACAGCUUCAGAUGGAAUACAUUUUGUUAAGGGAACGACCAGAGAGGAAGCAAGGUGGUGGAAAGAUGUUUUAAGCGGAAGGCAUAAACGAAACGCUACUUUUCCCGUUAGUCAACCUUCAUCAAUUUUACAGCAGGCAUCAUUAAAUUGUAGAAGUUCAACGGAAAACAGGCCUAGAUUUAAUAGCGUUCGUACCGAUUCAGACGUCGUCCUACAUUCUAAUUCAUCAAAAUGGUUGAAUGUGGAAAGUGAUAUAUACCCAACGAGAGAUGUACAGGUCAAAGUCGAACAAUCGGAAUCCAAUAAUAAUAACAAAACCGAUUCGGAACAAACGCCGACAAUAAUCGCGGAUGAUAAAAAAUCUUACAGUAAUCGGCAUCCGGUUAGUUCGUUUUCGCCUCCGACUCGCGACAAAGUAAAUUCCGAUGAAAGAACUAAAACUAGAAAAUCGUUGAACAGAGAAAAAAGAAGUCUCAAGUUAGACAAAGAAAUGUUUGCCGUUGAAAAAAGUGAAGAAAAUUUCGGGGAUGAAUUUCCGUCCACAAAAAAAAAUAAAAACUCGGAUCAAAGCAUUACGAAAAUACUCAGGGAAGGAAGUUCGGAUAAAAAUGAUGAAACGAGACGAUUAUUAUUGGAAAGUGAAAAAUCAAAAAGAAAAGAAAAAUUAAAAGACAUCGCGGACAGUUUGACCAAACCCAGAUUACGAAGGAAUAUUACGAACGAAUACAUGUCUUUGGAAUGUAAAACGAAAAAUCAGAUAAAGCCUACAAGAGACGGAGAAUGUAGUGAAGAUGAAAGAGAAUCUUCUGGAACUCCGAUUUCACCUAUGGAAAAAAAUGAAUUGAACCCAGUUCGAGAAAAAGCAGUACGAGGAGAUCCUGAUGGAUGUAAUUUGGAUGUCUCUUUGUGCGACUACCCUCCCGAUUCGGAACUUCGCGUUGAUCUUCCCGCUGAAGAAUUAUUAAACAUCAAAAAAGGUUGGCUCUUAAAACAAGGAUCGGGAAAAGAAUGGACAAAACAUUGGUUUGUUUUAAGAGGAGUUGCUCUUAUGUAUUAUCGCGAUCCGACAGCAGAAGAUAAAGGAAUUCUGGAUGGCGUUAUGGAUUUGAGUUCGAUCAAAAGCGUGUCAGAGAUUCAGGUUCAAAGAAAUUACGGAUUUCAAACUGUGGCCUGGGACGAUAAAAAAUACGUUUUGUCAGCGGCCACAGCGGGCAUCAGAAGCAAUUGGAUCGCUGCAUUAGUUAAAGCUGCGGGUUUGGUUAAAAAUUUUGAAAAAGGUUCUUUAAAAAUAAAUGAAAAAUUAGAACGGGAUUUAGAUAAACCUCCUAGUCCGACGCCUCUUCCACCUUCACCUCCUCUCAAUAGAACACCCAUAUCCAAAGUAAAAGAGAGAGCUAAAACCCAAACCACAAGAUCUCGCGUGUAUAAUAAACGUUCAAAAUCUAGCCCUCCGACUUCCCGAAAAGCCCACACUUUACAUAGAAGUUGUGAAACUAGCCAUGAAGAAAAGAGAGAAGAACCAAUCAAGCGAUCGGCAAUAUUAGAUAAAGUCGAUAGACACGUGAAGGAAAUAGAUGAGCUCAAAGGGCAGUUAAGUUUGGCUUUGUGUGAAAAAACAACGGCUGAAAAAGAAUUAUCACGUUUGAGACAAAGAAAAACGGAUGCCAAUCAGCAAGUCGAAGAGUUACUUAGGAAUUUAAAAAUAGCCGAGAACGAAUUGAAAUUAAAAAGUCAAGAAUUGGAAAAUUUUGAAAAACUUAAACAACGAUAUAGUGCUCUUUUGAAAGAACAUGAAGGAAUGUUAAACGAAGAAAAUGUUCAAGUAUUAAAAUCUGAAUUGACUAAUCUUAGUGAAAGGCUAAUGCGUGGGUUGGAGGAAAAUGAAGGUCUUUAUGGGAGAAUGAGAGAACUGGAAGGAAGAUGUCUUUCCUCUUCCAGAGAAAGAGGUCGCAGUGUGGAUUCAUUGAGUGAUCUUACAAAUGUAGAUUUAGAUAUUAAUUUAGAAACUCUAAAUAAGGAGAGAAUAAUUGAAGAAUACGAAGAAUUAAAAGGAAGAUUUGAAAAAGCCGUACAAGAAAUAAGAGCCAUGAAAAAAGAAUUGAGAGAAUCGCAUGCCAAUUAUGACGAUUUGGAAUUGACCGUUAUAAAUCUUAGACAAGAUGCUAAAAGAAAGGAAGAAAAUGGGAAAGCGCAAGCAGAACUUAUGGCAUCCCGAAUAGAGGAUUUGACACUAAAGCUUUCUGCAUCGGAAAAACAAUCUCGCGUGUUAAAACAAAAAAUAGCCAAAUCAGAUUCAAGAGAAAAAAGAAGGUCUCUUUCCCUCAAAGGUAAAGAAUCUUUUUAUAUCGGAAAGGAAACCGAAGAAAAAUUAGCAGAAUUAGAAGCUAAAUUAGAAGCUUUAGAAUCGGGAAAGCAGACUUCGGAAAGUAAAAAACAAGAAUUUAAAGCAGAUAAAAGGUUGCAAAAGGCAUGGUCUCUCGCGCAGGAAUCGUUGAAUAAAGAAUUGGCACAAGUGGAAUUAUCGCAGCUCGCUUUGAGGUUUGGCCAAAGAACAAGAGGGAAGAUUGACGAAUUAGAUUUCGAAACGAGGUUUAUUUAUUUAUAUCAGAAAUUCAGUGCGGAGUGUUUGAAAUCCGUUGAAGGAUCAAAAUUUUGUUUAAAUAAUUCUGCGGCCGUGUUAAAAAAUUUAAAACAUUCCGUUGAGAAAAUAAAAAAUCUUCGGGAAAUGUUACAAUUGCCGGAAUCAUCCACAUCACUCCCAAGUUUGUCACAUUCGAAUUCGAACAACAUUCUCGAUCAUUCCGCAUUCAUUUCCAAUCAACUCGAAGAUUUCACGAAAGGAAAACAUUUAUGUAGGCAAUGUUGUCUCCUCAAGGAAGCUUUAAGAAAUGAUCUUAUGGGAGAAUUAGAAUAUCAGAAAAAUUCACUCGUUUGCCAACACGAAAUCGAACAAGCUCAACUCGUUGAAAAGACAAAAUGUUUGGAAAAAAGAUUGGAAACUCUCGACGUGGAAUAUUCUCAGCAGAUUAACGGAUUACGAAUGGCUUAUCAUAAAACGAUAUCAACCGAUUUAGAUGGAAAAGAUGAAAGUUCAGUUGAUUCGAUACGACUCAGAUAUCAAGCUGAAAUAGAACAACUUCGGACUCUUUGCGAAAAGGGAUUAAGUGCCGUAGAUAAUUCUCACAGAAGAAUCAUAACAGAACUUGAAGAAAAACACAGGCAAGAAUUGGCGGCGGCGGCCGCGGAAAAAGAACAAGCUUUAGCAGAAGAAACUCAAGCGACUUUGGCAGCUCUUGACGCUAUGAGAAAAGCUCACGAAACGGAAGUUCAAAAAGAAAUUGCUAAAUUCAAAUCGGAGUUUUUGAAAAAAAUGCAAAGCAAUCAUGACAUUGGAGCACUUCAUAAAGAACACGAGGCGGAAAUGGAAGAAAUAAAAAAAGAAAUUUUAUCCUUAUCGGAAAAAUAUUCCGUCAAAUGCGUAGAAUCGGCUUCGCUCGAAGAGCAAUUGAGCAACAUGAGCAAACAAUUAAAUCAAGCUCACGAGCACAUAAUGCAAUUGGAUGCGAGAAAUAAACAACUUCGCUCCUACAUAGUUUCCAGGAGGUCGGAGCCUGGAGAAGACAGUUUGAAUGAAUUGAAAGAGUGA